UAGUUCUGAUUCUCAUGUCUCUGGCUGAAAGGAAGCAGGAAGCAGCUUUAACGUAUUUUACAGAAGUGAAACACAUUUCAGAUCUGCUGUUCAAAACAGUGGUUCAGAGGAGGAAAUAGAAAUAUUGUUUGAGCUGUGAGUUGGUGAAGGAUGAUGGGGUCUGUUAAAGAGUUGCUUGUGGACUCGCUGAAGGAGCUGGUAGAAGCUGAACUGAAGGAGUUUCAUUGGCGCUUAAAGAAUUCAUAUCAUAAGUGUAUAUCAAAGUCAGAAAUUAAAAAAGCAGAUAUAUUUGACACAGUGGAAAAGAUGGUGGCAUGUUUUGGACCAGAAGAAGCUGUGAAGAUCAUGGUGGACAUCCUGAAGAAGAUGAACCAGAAUGACCUGGCUGAAACGGUGGAGAGUGAACACAAGCAAGCUAAGGCUGAGGGCACUACGAACACAGCUGUCCCUGUUGGAGCGCUGCAAACCUUUUUGAAAACUCACAAAAACAACAUGAAGAAGAAAGCAAAAUGUAUUUUUGAGGGCAACGAAGAGAUUGACACAGAUCUCAAGACUGUUUACACCGAACUGUUCAUCACAGAGGGAGAUAUGAAAGAUGUCAAUCACGAACAUGAGAUUCUGAAGAUCGAUGAUGUUUUCAAGAACAGAAAAAUACAGGAUAAAAUGAUCAAAUGCAAUGAUAUAUUUACUGAACUGAAGAAAAACAAUGAGAAAAAGAUUGUGCUGACCAAGGGAGUCGCUGGCAUUGGAAAAACUGUCUCUGUGCACAAGUUCAUCCUGGACUGGGCAGAAGGAGAAGCCAAUCAGGAUAUAGACUGUGUGGUCCUGCUUCCAUUCAGAGAGAUCAAUGUGAUUAAAAACAAAGAGGCCAAUCUCCAUGAGUUUCUGCUGAAAUUUUAUCCUGAACUGAAGGACCUAGAGAAAUCGAAGUUGUACAAGGGAUGUAAGCUAGCAUUAAUAUUUGAUGGACUUGAUGAGAGUCAACUGCCACUGAACUUCAAAAGCGAAACACUGGACACCUGUGAGGAAAGGUCAUCAGUAGAUGUGCUGUUUACAAGUUUGGUCAAAGGUAAGCUACUUCCAACAGCUCUCGUCUGGGUAACAUCACGCCCAGCAGCAGCCAAUCAGAUCCCUCGUCAGUAUGUGGGUUUGUUCACAGAAGUGCGAGGAUUCAAUGACCAACAAAAGGAAGAGUACUUCAGAAAAAAAAUCACAGAUGGGACUCAAGCCUCCAGAAUCAUCUCACACAUUAAGACUUCUCGUAGUCUCUACAUCAUGUGCCACAUUCCUGUGUUCUGCUGGAUCACAGCCACAGUACUUCAGGAUGUUCUCAUUGAGAACAAGGAAGAGAACAUCAGCACAACUCUCACUGAAAUGUACAUUCACUUCCUACUGAUGCAGAUGAACAUGAAGAAUCAGAAGUAUGAUGAACAAGAAGAAAAAGAACGCACAGAGCACUUAAAGUUAAAUAGAGAAAUCAUUUUGAAGUUAGCCAAGCUGGCAUUUGAACAGCUGAAAAAGGAAAACAUUGUGUUUUAUGAGAAAGAUCUGAAAGAAUGUGGUAUUAAUGUGAGUAAAGACAGUGAAUUGACAGGAAUGAUUGCUGAGAUCUUUAGGAAGGAAUAUGGACUUUAUAAGACAAAGGUCUUCUGCUUUGUGCAUCUGAGUGUUCAAGAGUUUCUUGCUGCAGUGCAUGUGUUCAUCUGCUACCUGAACAAGAACUUGCAGGAGCUUCAGUUUUUCUUUGAAGAUUCACAAACUACAGCCAGACAAAAGCUUCACUUCUUCUUUAGACAUGUCAAAUUCCAUGACUUAACAAAGAGGGCAACUGAUAAAGCAAUGCAGAGUGAGAGAGGACAUCUGGACCUGUUUCUGCGUUUUCUUAUGGGAAUUUCACUGAAAUCAAGUCAAAACCUUCUCAAAGGCCUGUUUACAUACACUCAAGACACCAGAAUGAGCAUCAGGAAAAUAAGUGCUCACAUUAAACAAUUACAAAAGCAGGACAUCUCAGAUGAAUCUUCAGUCAACCUAUUCUACUGCUUACUUGAGCUCAAGGAUCAUUCAAUAUAUGAGGAAAUCCAGAGUUAUCUCACUUCAGAUGAACAUCCAAGAAGAGAACUCUCAUCUUCAAUGUGCACAGUUCUGACCUACAUACUGCUGAUCUCAGAGAAGGUGCUGGAUGAGUUCAACCCAAAGAUGUUCACGUCAAAUCAAGCAGUCUACAAGAGACUAAUGCCAGCUGUGAGAUGCUGUAGAAAAGCCCUAUUUGACAGCUGUGGUCUUGAUGAAACAUGCUGUGAAACUUUGUCUUCUGCUGUACAAUCAUCAAACUCCCAUCUGACAGAGCUGGACCUUAGUAGCAACCAACUGCAGGAUUCAGGAGUGAAGCUGCUUUCUGAUGGACUGAAGAGUUCACACUGUCGACUGAACAUACUGAGGCUGGGUGGAUGUAAUCUCACUGCUCAGACCUGUGAAAGUUUAUCAUCAGCUCUACAAUCCUCAUACUCUGUCCUGAGACAGCUGGACCUGAGUAACAAUGACUUGCAGGAUUCAGGAGUGAAUCUGCUUUCUGAUGGACUGAAGAGUCAAAACUCAAAGAUGGAGAUACUGAGGCUGUGUGGCUGUAAUCUCACUGCUCAGUCCUGUGAAGAUGUGUCUUCAGUUUUACAAUCCUCAAACUCUGUCCUGAGAGAACUGGAUCUGAGUAACAAUGACCUGCAGGAUCCAGGAGUGAAACUUCUUUCUGAUGGACUGAAGAGUCCAAACUGUCAGCUGGAGAUACUGAGGUUGUCUGGCUGUAUGGUGACAGAGGAAGGCUGUUGUUAUGUAUCUUCAGCACUGACUUCAAACCCUGCACAUUUAAGAGAGCUCGAUCUAAGUUAUAAUCACCCCGGAGAUUCAGGAGUCAAGCUACUAUCUGAAAGCCUGGAGGAUUCAAACUGCUCACUGGACAAAUUCAAUGUGAAUCAUGGAGGAGAAUCCAGGAUUACAGCAGGACUAAAGAAAUAUGCCUGUUUUUUCACACUGGAUCCAAACACAGCAAACACUAAACUCAUUCUGUCUGAGGAGAACAGAAAGGUGAGACGUAUGAAAGAGAACAGAAAGAUGGCACGCGUGGAAAAGAAACAGCCGCAUCCUGAUCAUCCAGACAGAUUUGAUGAUGUCUAUCAAGUGUUGUGUAGAGAGAGUGUGUGUGGACGCUGUUACUGGGAGAUUGAGUGGAGUGGAGAUUAUGUGUUUAUAUCAGUCUCAUAUAAGAGCAUCAGCAGGAAGAGACGGGGUGAUGAGUGUGUGUUUGGAAAUAAUGAUCAGUCCUGGAGUUUGUUCUGCUCUUCCUUCAGAUACUCAUUUAAACACAAUAAGAUAGAGACUGUUCUCCCUGUAAAGCCCAUCAUCAGUAGAACAGGAGGGUAUGGCCAUUACUAUAGAACAGGAGUGGAUGAAAUCUAUAGAACAGGAGUGUAUGUGGAUCACAGCGCAGGAACUCUGUCCUUCUACAGCGUCUCUGACACAACGAGCCUCAUCCACACAGUCCAGACCACAUUCACUCAGCCGCUCUAUCCUGCGUUUUUGGUUGGCUCUGGAUCAGUGAGACUGUGUUGAUGAAUCGGAAUAGAUUGAUAAGAGAUUCUACCCAUAAUGCUUUGAGCUGCAUGAUAAAUCAGUAACAAAGAGAUGUUAUAGAGGCUCUGCAUGACAUUAAAACUGCAGCUGAACUUCUGUUCCUGAAAUAACAGUCAGAAUAAAUGUGUCAUAAAUCUUCAUAUAGACAGUAAGAUCUGUUGAUCUACAUUUGUGUUUUUAUUGUAGUGUGACGUCGAUCGUUUGUAUUAUUACUAUCAAAAUUACCUUUCAAUUGAAAAGUUCUUCAUGAAUCAUGUUUGUGUAAUAAAUUUUUCUCUAUUGUUUUUGUGCAUAAUAAUAAAACAUGAUGACAAAUCAACUUGAAAUCAGAUUUAAAUUGAUGUUUGUAUCAUGAAUAUAUUUGAGCCAACAAUAAUAAUAUUGUACUCUUAAAUAAGAUGUAUGCAUGUAAAUAAAUAAAAAAUGCUCUGAAACUCCACUUUUUGAGCAUUUAUUGAAGUACACAUACACAGCUCGUCAUAUGUGACAUUUAGCUCUUCCGUCAACUAAUCAGUUAGAUUGCUAGGUUGUAAACCUGCAAUGAAAACAAAACAAACAUCAGAAUGAACUAAUGAAAUUACACAAUCAUGAGAUAGUAAUUUUCGAUCUGAAUGACUAGCAAUGGCAGUUUACAGACACUCAAGUGUACCAGUCCUGAUCAACAACAGAAUGACAAUGAAACUAAAGGCGGCGCCUGUGCACUCACUUACUACGCAUAUACAAGGCAAGGCAAGUUUAUUUAUAUAGCACAUUCUUUACACAAUGGUAAUUCAAAGUGCUUU